AAAUGGACCCCCUGCUCCACGCCUGGAGUUACUUCAGGCGGAGGAAGUUCCAGCUGUGCUCGGAGCUCUGCUCGAAGUUGCUGGAGAAAGAACCGGGCGACCAGGCUGCUUGGUGCUUGAAAAUACGAGCCUUAACAGAAAUGGUUUAUGUGGAUGAAAUAGAUGUGGAUCAGGAAGGCAUUGCUGAGAUCAUGCUUGAUGAAAAUGCUAUUGCGCAAGUUGCACGUCCUGGUACUUCACUGAAGCUCCCUGGAACUAGUCAGGGUGGAGGUCCCAGCCAAGCUGUCAGGCCAGUGACUCAGACAGGGAGACCCAUUACAGGGUUCGUGCGACCCAGCACACAAAGCGGACGUCCAGGUACUAUGGAACAGGCCAUAAAGACUCCAAGAACUGCCCGCACUGCCCGCCCAAUGACUAGUGCUUCUGGGAGAUAUGUCAGGCUUGGAACGGCCUCUUUGCUCACAAAUCCUGAUGGCCCCUUUAUAAAUGUGGCUAAACUGAACUUAAAUAAUUAUGCUCAAAAACCAAAGUUAGCAAAGGCAUUGUUUGAAUACAUUUUUCACCAUGAGAACGAUGUUAAGAACGCUAUAGAUCUGGCAGCGUAUGCCACCCAGCACGGCCAAUUCAAGGACUGGUGGUGGAAAGUGCAAAUUGGGAAGUGUUAUUACAGGUUAGGAUUGUAUCGUGAAGCAGAAACACAAUUUAAAUCGGCUCUCAAACAGCAGGAUAUGGUAGAUACAAUACUGUACUUGGCAAAAGUGUAUUCCCGCUUGGAUCAGCCAUUGACAGCUUUAAAUGUUUUCAAGCAAGGAUUAGAUCGGUUUCCCGGAGAAGUCUCCCUCCUUUGUGGUAUGGCCAGGAUCUACGAGGAAAUGAACAACAUUUCUGCAGCUGCGGAAUACUAUAAAGAAGUCUUAAAACAAGACAACACACAUGUGGAAGCCAUUGCAUGCAUUGGAAGCAAUCAUUUCUAUUCAGACCAAUUUGAGAUAGCAUUGCGGUUUUAUAGGCGGCUUCUGCAGAUGGGUGUUUAUAAUUGCCAGCUGUUUAACAACCUGGGCCUCUGCUGCUUCUACGCCCAGCAGUAUGACAUGAUUCUCAGCUCCUUCGAACGUGCACUCUCUCUGGCUGAAAACGAAGAGGAGGUGGCCGAUGUUUGGUACAACCUGGGACAUGUCGCUGUGGGGAUAGGGGAUACGAGCUUGGCUUUCCAGUGUUUCAAGCUGGCCUUGGCAAACAACAAUGACCAUGCAGAAGCUUACAACAACUUGGCUGUGCUGGAAAUGCAAAAAGGCCGCAUAGAGCAGGCAAGAGUGUUUCUGCAGACUGCGUCGUCAUUAGCACCUCAUAUCUACGAGCCACACUUCAAUAUCGCUGUGCUGUCUGAUAAGGUCGGAGAUCUCCAAAGAAGUUACAUCGCUGCUCAGAAGUCCGAGGCAGCGUUUCCAGAACACCUGGACACGCAGCAACUCAUCAAGCAACUGAAGCAGCACUUUGCCAGGCUUUGAAGCCUCCCUUGGAAAAAUGUCAUAAAUUAUUUUUCUUAAAAUCUGUUAAUU